CGAUGGCUUCGUCCAAUCCGAAGAGCAUCGAUGACUUGAUUGUGUGUCUGAUGUCCAUGGGGUUUGAGCUGGGAGACUGUCAAGAUGCUGUCAGUGCAGGAAAGCUCUCAGUAGAAGCUGCUUUAGAAUGGAUACUGCAGGGAAAGCCAGGAAAAGUGGCCACACAGCCUACAGCAAGCUUAAAGCUUCAGAAGAACCCUGGCAACCUUACUCCAUCCUCCAACCCAUUUGUAAAUCCAGUGGCUCCCAGUGAUUCGUCCUCAGGGUCACAUGAUAACUUAUCCCAGUCACAUGACCGGGGAUCAGAGUCAUGUGACAGUGCAGCUGGGUCACAUGACAAAACGCCAGCCAAUCAGGAGAGUGAAAUGGAAAGUGAGACGAAGAUAGUGAGUCGCCUGAGCCUGAGUGAAGACCAGAGGAAAAUAAAAGAACAGUUUUUGGAAAAACAGAGAGAAGCAGCUAAAAAACUGGCAAAAGAUCAAAAAGCUCAGGAUAAAAGGGCAAGAGCUGAAGCAUUGAAGCGAAUUGCAGAGGACCGAGAAAAGAAGAAAGCUCUACAGGGUGCGCACCUUGACGCCCCGAGUCCUCCCAAACAGAGCAGUAGAAGCCCUCCCGUUACAGCUCCAACCAAGCCAUCACAAGAGGGAGACAAAUGUGUCAUUCAGGUUCGCUUACCGGAUGGGCGUGCUGUAAAAGAGACUUUUUCCCCAAAUGAUAAACUAAAGGCUGUAUGGGACUUCGUGGCCACUAAACAUAGAAACAUGUCCAGCAUGUGCCUUAUCCAGCCAUUCCCAAGGUAUGAGUUCAGUGUGUCAGACAUACAGAAGUCGCUAUCUGAGCUGCGUCUGAUACCCUCUGGAUCCCUUGUCCUGAAGAAGACAGAACAGCCCCAAGCUGUAGCAGCCAGUGUAGGAGAGCCCACAGGAUCUGACGCAGAUGAGGAUGAGUUUCCGCUGGGGGGAGGUGCAGGCAAUCAGCAUGACUGGGGGCAAGGUCAUAUGUUAAGUGCUGAAGAGGACAAUGCAGCACUCCCUGGUGAAGUGAAUGCACAUGUAGACGCAGCUGAACACGGCAGUGCAGGCGCAGGCGUGGAUUUCGCCGGUGCUUUUGACCCGGACGUUAACCCAAACAUCAACCCAAUUUUGGCCGGAAUGCAGUUGCCAGGGAUGCCGGGAAUGAUGGGAGGGAUAGGGGGAGGAGGAGGGGGAGGGUUUGGGGCUGGAGGGGGCCACCAGUGGGGAGAGGGGAUGCAGCUUGCCAGGGAAGACGCACAUGCAGAGUUCACACACCACAGCCAGUCGGCUUCUGAGAGGGCAGCUGAAGCUGCUAGACAACGAUUUGCGCAUCCUGCUGAAACACCCCUUAAUGAGCAGCCCUCCACAGCGAGCACAGCUGUGCUGAUGCAUGAUGUACCCUCCCUGGCACACCUGUGCAUCUGUCAUGUGACUUCACGGAUAUGUGACCCCCGGACCCCCAUCCUGAGUCUGGGAGGGGUCCCUGAGGAAGUGACACAGAAAAUCCUUAGUCAUCUCAUGAAGGAAAAGCUGCUCCGAUUCAAGACAUUACAGAUAUUUGUGUCCAGUCACCUAAGGAGGUUGAUACUGGACUGUUAUUGCUACACAACUAAUGAACUGUUAAAUGCUGUCAGGUACCACACAAAUUUAGUCCACUUAAGUUUGAGGGAUUGCCCAUUAAUAACAGAUUCUGGUUUACAACACAUAUCAGGGUUGCAGAGGUUAAAGGUCCUGAACCUGAGCUAUUGUAGGUUGUUAACAAAUAAGUGUCUGUCCACAGUGGCAGAGUUACCUGCCCUGACUACCUUGGCACUAGAGGGCAUCUGUGUUAGUGAUGCAGGGCUGCAGCAAUACACAGCCUCCAAACCACCAAGUCUGCUUCAUCUCAACCUCAACAGAACUGCUGUCACACAGAGUGUCUUCACAGCUCUACAAGAAAUUCCACAGUUGAAGACACUGUUACUGGAACAGACGAAGAUUCAGAGCCUAACAGGGAUUCAGACAUUGAGUCAGCUGGAGACGUUAAACCUGGCAGGAACAGAGGUGGUGACAGAGUCUCUGCUGUGUCUGAAGGAAUUAAACUGUCUGACAAGUCUGAACAUCUCCAACACAGAGAAUGUAGUGGGUGAUCAAGCAUUACAGUAUCUGUCAGGUAUGAGGUUGCAGACUUUGGUACUGCCUAGCCGUCUUUCCACCACCAAUGUGGGUAUGCAGUACCUAGCAGGCAUGCCUUUGACAGCUUUAGACCUGACUAACUACAUAAAUGUUAGUGAUGAAGGAAUGAGUCACAUCGGAAAAAUACAAAGUUUAAGAUCUCUGAUAUUAACGAACACAAAGAUUUCCGACGAAGGAAUGCUGUGUCUUCAAGGCCUGGUUAACCUGGAGGUAUUACACUUGGACAGGACGCUGAUCUCUGAUGUAGGGGCAAUGCUGCUUAAAGGUUUUAAAAAGUUGACAGAAUUAAGCCUUGCCUCCAGUGGGGUGAGCAGCAAGUUUCUGAUGGAGGGUGCUCUUAACAGCUGUGUGUCUCUCACCAAGCUUAACCUCAGCAGGACCAGAGUCUCCAAUAAAGGUAUCCGAACACUCCAUCUGCCCAGUCUGACCCUGCUUAAUCUGGACAGUACGUGGGUGAAGCAAGAUGUCACCGAACAGAUACCAGGCUGUCCAUGCCUGCAGAAGGUCAUUCUCCACAACCUGGAGCAUGUCAGGGAAGAGAGUGAGGAAGACAUGGAGGAAGACAAUUAGUAACAUUGCCAAUCUGUAAAAACUCAUUCUCCACAAUCAGGAACAUGUGGGGAGGGAGAGUUUCUAAGACAUGGAGAAUGACAAGGUGUAGCUUGCCCAGACUUCAAGGAGUGUUUUUUUUGCCAUUGUCAUGGAGACAUGGACAAUUCAAACAUUCUACAUGUAUUUGCAAAGUUCAGGAACAUGUUAGGAAGGACAUCGAUAAAGAGGGUGAAAAUGAAAUUCGUUAUCUUUAUCUGUGAAGUCUUUUUUUCAGAAACGUGAGAGAUGUCUGCAAAGUAAUAUUUUGACACAACAAAUUACUAGAAUAACAGUGAUGUCAUUUUUCUUAUGUGAUCUCGGAUGACAGUCAUGUCAUCACAUUGAUCACACAGAUGUUACUAUAAGCAUGCGAGUGUUACUGUGACACAUUGGUCACACAGAUGUUACUAUAAGCAUGCUAGUGUUACUGUGACACAUUGAUCACACAGAUGUUACUAUAAGCAUGCUAGUGUUACUGUGACUAAUAUUAUGACUAAUGAGUUCUGUAUUACACCGAUGACAGUAGUUUAACAUGUAUGUUUCCCUGUGACUAUGUGUAAUAAGAUGUCACUCAUCGGUAGCUCAGCAUCUUAUUCCAAGAGCUAGCUGAGAUUUAUUUGACAUAAAAGAUACUAAAGCUUUGACUGCUUGAUAGGGUAGAGGUAGCCAGCCUGACUACAGAAAACCUGAAAGUUGCAGAUUCGAAAUGAGUGUGACUUUACAUACAAUGUAGCAUUGGUGUCAGCCUUAUAGGCACAAGGUCAAAUAAAACUGAAUUGGGGGGUAAUUAGAAAGAGCCCCACUACCCCCACCACUGGCUGCUCUUAAGACAAGGUUUUCUGUAGUCAAGUAGGCUACCUCUACCCCACCAAACAGUCAAAGCUUUAAUAACUUUCAUGUGAAAUAAAUCUCAUCUAGCUCUUGGACUGUCUUGUUGAAAUUCACAUGUAUUUUAUGCAGUUUUCACUCAAGAUUAGUUGUCAAACAAUGAAUGAAUGAGGAGGCAGUUAACAUUCAUAUCACAUCUGGUCACAACCAUUUGGGGAAAUCCCAAGCCACGAGUAGUCUGUGAAAAGU